AUGGCGUCCCUGGACCGGCCGUACCGCUGCCCCCGCUGCGGGGAGCGGAAGCGCUUCCACAGCCUGUCCUCCCUGCGCGCGCACCUGGAGCACUGCCACUCCUACGAGACGCUGUACGUGCUGUCCAAGCCCGCCACCGCGGGCGACCGCGCCCUCGUCCCCCUGAUCAGCUCCGCCCCCCUCCCCCUGAUCAGCUCCGCCCCCCUCCCCCUGAUCGGCCCUCGCGCCGCCAGGGGGCGCCAUGUGCCCUGUGAGCUGCAGGGCGCCCGCGAACUGGGCCUGGGCCUGGGGGGCGCCGGCUGCCCCCCCCUCACUCGCCUGGAGUUCCCCCUCGCCGACAUCUUUGCGAAGAAUGACGACGCCACGGCAAUCACCACCGCCGCCGCCUCGCCCAGCACCGCCGUCGCCGUGGCGACGGGCGCGGCCUACGAGGAGGGGCUGGCUCGCCUGCGGGCGCGGGCCUGGGAGGAGCGGCUGGAGGAGCGGCUGGAGCGGCUCUCGGAGGAGGUGGAGCGGAGGAUCGCGGCGCGGGUGGGCCGCCUGCAGGCCGAGCUGGAGGAGAGGAGCGUCGAGCUGGAGGAGGCGCGGCGGGAGGGCCUGCGCCUCGGCCAGGAGAAGCUCGAGCUGGAGGUGAAGGCCUCGGAGCUCUCGCGCCAGGUGGACGUCUCCGUGGAGAUGCUGGCCGCCCUCAAACAGGACCUGGAAACCAAGGAGCAGGAGCUGACCAACAGGCAGCAGGAGGUGUCUCAGAUUGACCAGUUCCUGCAGGAGACGGCGGCGCGGGAGGCUAACGCUAAGCUGCGGCUGCAGCAGUUCAUCGAGGAGCUGCUGGACCGGGCCGACCGGGCGGAGAAGCAGCUCCAGACCAUCAGCAGCUGCGGGACCACGCCCAACGGCAGCCUGGGUCACUGCAGCGGCUCCGGGUCCGUGGGCACCAGCGACCCGAGAAACUCCAGUGGUUCGGGGGGAUCCAGAGGAGUAUACCGUGUGUCAGAUCGAAGGUCGUCGCCUAACAGUGGGGUGUUUAGCCGGAUGCAGUCCCAGGGCUCCGGGGCGUACGACAGCGACGGGGCGGACGUGUUCCCGCUGGAGGAGCGCGCGGAGGCGCAGUACUACCGCGUGCAGUGCACUCUGGGAGAGUGCGGCUACGAGCGGGCCGCCAUCACGCGCAGCUGGGGCCUCCGCAAGCAGGCCAUCCAGAACCGGCAGCGCCGCCCCCGCCGGAGCAGCGCCGAGGGGGGGGGCGAGGAGGAGGGGGGCGAGGAGGAGGAGGGGGACGAGUCCGACCCGGGCUCCCGCACCGCCGAGUCCGAGGUGGACGUCUGGGACCCGGACCCGCGGGCCCCCCCCGACACCCCCCCGCACUCGCCCUCCUGCAGGGCGGGGCCUCGGCAGGGCUCAGGCCCCUACAAGCCCUGCAGGCGUGAGCGGGGCAGCCCCGCCCGGUGGAACGCGGUGAUCAGCCCGGAGGUGCUGAAGACGCGGGCCGCCCUCUUCUGCGUCUUCACCUACCUGGACGCGCGGGCGCUGCUGCGGGCGGCGGAGGUGUGCCGGGACUGGAGGUUCGUGGCGCGCCACCCCGCCGUCUGGACCCGCGUGCUGCUGGAGAACGGGCGCGUCUCCUCCAAGUUCUUAAUCACGCUGUCUCAGUGGUGCACACAGACCCACUCGCUCAUCCUGCAGAACCUCAAACCCCGGCAGAGGGGGAAGAAGGAGUCCAAGGAGGAGUACCUGAAGAGCACUCGUGGGUGUCUGGAGGAGGGCUUGGAGGCCAUUUUGAAGGCCACAGAUGGAAAUCUGCUCAUCCUGAAGGUGUCGCACUGUCCCAACAUCCUGACUGACCGCUCGCUGUGGCUGGCUAGCUGCUACUGCCGAACCCUGCAGGCCGUCACGUACCGGAGCGCCACGGACCCUGUUGGACAGGAAGUGAUCUGGGCUCUGGGAGCUGGCUGCAGAGACAUCAUCUCUCUGCAGGUGGCGCCACUGCACCCAUGCCAGCAGCCGACCCGCUUCAGUAACCGCUGCCUGCAGACGAUUGGCCGGUGCUGGCCACACCUCCGGGCGCUGGGAGUGGGCGGGCCCGGCUGCGGGAUCCAGGGCCUGACGUCGCUGGCGAGGAACUGCAUGCGCUUGCAGGUGCUGGAGCUGGACCACGUGGGCGAGGUCAACCAGGAGCUGGCAGCAGAGGUCUGCAGGGAGGGACUGAAGGGCCUGGAGAUGCUGGUGCUCACCUCCACCCCUGUGACUCCCAAAGCCCUGCUACACUUCAACAGUGUGUGUCGUAACCUCAAGUCCAUCGUGGUGCAGAUCGGGAUCGCGGAUUACUUUGAGGAUCCGAACAGUCCCGAGGCCGGGAAGCUGUUUGAGGAGAUGCUGGAGAAACUGCAGGCCUUAAAGAAGAGACCGGGCUUCUCGAAAAUCCUGCACGUGAAGGCAGAAGGUGUUUGCUAAUGCCCCCCCCCCCCCACCACCCCCCCUCGCCAUGGGGUGACCAGAGAAAAGAACCAGGUUUGCCUGACUGUCACAAUCUGAACAAGCCCAUUUUCCCACUUCCAACUGAAUCCAUAGCAGUAUCUGAGGAGGACUACAGACCAGAGGGGAACAGGGAAGUAGAAACAGCUGCUCUUUCGUUCACAUAAGCCAUGCAAAUUCCUCCUUGAAUCCUUUCCUGGAUACGUUUUUUUUUUCCUCCCCCCCACGAUGCUUAGCAGCAGCGCUAUCGGUGGAACUCGGCCAGUGCGGACCGUAAGCUACAGUGGCCUGAGCCAGGGUUCGAGGGGUCGGGCCCUGAAGCAGAUGUGUGAUGAUUUUAAUGUGGGUUUCGUCUGUCAUGAAUCCAAAGCCGGUCCUGCUAAAACCAGAUUUUUCUUUCACUGGCAUCCGCUGAGUCCGCAGUAAGAGGUGCACUGUGUUGCUUGUGUCUUACAAAACAGAGAGCAACCAAACACUGAGUGACUGCUUUCUCUCCGGCAGAGAGGAAGCGGAGAAAAGGAAUUUGGUUAUUUUUAACGAGGGGAAUAGUCGUGAAGCACAAUUUAGAAACGUGUGUUGAAACAGGGAAGAUCAGAGGGCUCAUUAAUAUCUGGGCUAAAAUAUUUCUGGGUCAUUUGUGAAUACAAUAAAGUAUUAAAACAGCACCAUCA